GUAUGUACUAGGAUAUUAACUUUGUAACGGCUCUAUUACGUGUUAAAGCUCUGCUCUUUGGCAUGUUAUUUAUUCUUCUAUACCUUUUAGAGAAUAUUUACGGUGAUUUGCCCCUUUGCUUUCAUGAAUAUAUUGUUUCUCCAGGUGGUUCCUUAUCAUUCUUCUUCCUCCUUUCUUCCAUCUUUUGGUCAAACUCUUCAACGGUUAUGGUUCUCCACCCAGAAUCGUCUUUGAUGAACCUAUCAUAUGCGACAAAGUCACUCCUUCCACAAACAGCAAUGGUGAGAAGUGGUGGAAACUUCUCAUGUGCCAAACAACUGACAUAUCCACACCUUUCAUGUAGUUUUGCUGUCCAUAUAACAGUGGAGCCGUCCACAACCUUGGUGAAUGUCCCAUCUAUUGUCCUCUUGUAGGUUCCAUAGAGAGGAGAGUAUUUCUUCUGCUUAUAACCAUUAUCAACAUCAUCAACAAGUUUUAUAAAGUGGUUCUUUGACUUCUGUGCAAUGUCAAGAGUAAACUCGUCGACCACUGGGAGGGGUGUCUUGGUCAGUAAAACUUUCCUAAAAUAUUCAAGUUCCCUCAUGGCAUCUUCAAAGGGCAGAAUAUCAGUAGUAUUAGACUCGGAUUCUGUUCCAGUUGCUCUAUCACUUGGAUUCUCCAAAGGGUCAUCAGAGAACUUCAGUUCAAUCUUGGAAUCUUCUAAUCGUCCCACAGGUUCUGAUCCAUCAUUAGGUUCUUCAAAUGCCAAAGGAGUAGAAGCUUCUGGUGAAUGUUCUGGUUCAGUAGACUUUGGAUCUUCUACCUUAUCAACUGCCAAUUCUUUCCUAUUAGAUUCUUCAGGGGUAGAUACUUCUACAGACUCUGCAGGUUCCUCCAGAGAAACUCUUUGUUCAGUAACCUUAGUCUCUUGCUCGUCCUCCCUAUGCUCUUCAGAAGGUGCAGAAAACUCCUUCAUGGAGCGAAGCCUAUCUUCGAAGUAUCUCUUGUCCACAGUCUUCCACACACUACCAUUCUUUUCAAAACAAAAGGUCUCAUCUCCGGCACCCCUUGUAUAGACACUGAGAAGAGAAGAGUAUCCUUCCCUGGAGAAUAAGUAGGUACCAACAGACCUUACACCCUUACUAGUCCAUACAUCAGAUCCUCCAUCUAUGAUGGCUACUAGAGAAUAUCCGUCCUUGGGAACAAAUGCUCUAUGACCAACUCCAUGAAUCAAAUCAUCAGCCAGAGAGAAUAAGGAAGAGUCUGGAGAAGAGAGAUCAAGAGUGACGGUCUCUUCACAUGUCACAAAUCUGCCUACAUUGAUGCAGAAUAAAACAAACACAUGUAUCAUUUUAUAUCAUGGCUAAUGUGUGU